AAUACGAGGGCUUCACUCAUUUUGAAAUCUGAGCAAUGUAUGUGAUAUUUGUUUAAUAUUUAUUUAUUUAAUUAAAGUGCCGCUAUGUUUAUAUUAAAAUAUCUGUUUAUUGAUAUUGAAUGUUUGUUGUGUGAUCAGAAAGUGGAUGCUGUUGCCUAUAUUUUGCCUGCUGGCGCAAGCCAGUGCGCAGAAGCAGCUGGAUUGGUGGGAGACGACUGUCUUCUAUCAGAUUUAUCCCAGAUCUUUUAAAGACAGCAACGGGGACGGCAUCGGUGAUUUAAAUGGCAUUACUUCACAACUUGAAUAUUUGAAAGAGUUGGGUAUUGGUGCAACAUGGCUUUCACCUAUAUUCAAGUCUCCUAUGUACGAUUUCGGGUACGACAUCUCAGAUUUUUACGCCAUCCAAGACGAAUAUGGAACAAUGGAAGACUUUGGGAACUUGCUUGCUAAAGCAAAAGAGCUAGAUAUCAAAAUUAUCCUUGACUUUGUACCAAACCAUGGAAGUAAUGAAAGUGUUUGGUUUGAAGAAGCUUUGAAAGGACAUGAAAAAUACUACGACUAUUUCAUGUGGGAGGAUGGUGUGGUCGACGAGAACGGAAACCUUCAACCUCCAAAUAACUGGGUCAGCGUUUUUCGUAAGAGUGCUUGGGAAUAUAGAGAGGAAGUUGGCAAGUACUACUUGCAUCAGUUCGUCAUCGGACAACCAGAUCUUAACUACCGUAACCCGGUUGUCGUCGAAGAGAUGAAGAAUGUGAUACGAUUCUGGCUUGACAAAGGUGUUGCCGGGUUCAGGGUUGAUGCAAUCAAUCACUUGUUUGAAGUUGACAAGGAAUUGUUCGGUGGCAAAUAUCCAGACGAGCCACGAACUGGCGACGAAGACCCCGAUAGUUACGGUUAUGUUGAUCAUAUCUACACUAGAGACCAAGACGAGACUUAUGAUAUGGUUUAUCAAUGGAGAGAUGUAUUAGAUGAAUAUAAGGCAAGUGACGGUUUUACUAGAGUUAUGAUGACUGAGGCUUACGCUAGCCCUCAACUAACUAUGAGGUACUUCGGCGAAGGCGAUCGAUUGGGAUCCCAGAUGCCUUUCAAUUUUGCUCUCAUCUCAAAUGUCAACGGAAAAUCAAGUGCUAAUGAAAUUAAAUAUGCUAUCGACCAAUUUUUAACCUUCAAACCAGUCGACAAGUUAGCAAACUGGGUGGCUGGAAACCAUGAUCAAAGUAGAGUAGCGUCAAGAUACAGUCCAGAAUUAGUUGAUGGUAUGAACAUGAUUGUCCUUCUUCUUCCUGGAAUCGCCGUUACAUAUAUGGGAGAGGAAAUCGGAAUGGUGGAUGGCUUCGUUAGCUGGGAGGAUACUGUGGAUCCAAGUGGUUGCAACACUGACGAUCCUAUCAACUAUGUACAAUCGUCAAGAGAUCCAGAGAGGACGCCAUUCCAAUGGAGCGCUGAUAAAAAUGCUGGAUUCUCUACGGCAGAUAAGACAUGGUUGCCAGUAGCCGAUGGUUACGAGACACUAAACGUGGAAGUUCAGAGGAACACCGAUCGUUCACACCUCAACGUGUACAAGAGCUUAGUGCAGUUGCGCGGUGAACUCGCCUUCACGCACGGACGAUACGAGUCCGUCGCACUUAAUUCGGACGUCUUCGCCUUCAGAAGGUGGUACAACGGAGAAAACUACGUGGUGGUGGUGAACUUCAGAGAGGAACAGUUCACCGUGGACUUGACUUACUUCGAAAACGUCGUCGGAGAUUUAGAAGUUACCGUCAGCAACAUACAGUCUCCAAAGGCCAAAGGGUGAGCUUAACAUAUAAAAAUCUCUACUAAAAUUCUCAGUUUAACAAGUCGAAC